GGAUUGACACCAACAAAGCCCACAAUGGCGACCGUACUACCUCCUCCAAAUAAGCGGCAGAAGACCGCGGCUGCGCAAAAGGCGCGCGAGCAACAAGAAAUCGAUGCGAUACCUGAAGACCUCGGAAGUGUCCGUGUACAAUUCUUUGAUCAAGCCACUGGACAGGCCACUGGGCCUCCAGUUUCGGUCUCAGUUGGAGAUGCCUCUGUGAAAAACUUGGAACUUCUUCUCAAUACAUUACAAGGAAAUGAUGAACACGAACGGAUACCAUAUCGAUUCACAUUUCGCCCAGACUUACAAGAUCCCUCGAGUGCAGAGAAUGCAGUAGAUAUUGUAUCUCACCUAUGGCACUCAAUUCUUCGACCCGGUAUCAAAACAACUGAAGACACUAUAAGUCUCCAAUAUACCCCACAAGCAGUUUUCCGCGUUCGAGCAGUGUCGCGCUGUUCUGCAGCCAUCUCUGGCCAUGGAGAAGCAAUUCUAGCGACGCAAUUCUCUCCCGCAUCAUCUUCCAAGAUGGUGAGUGGCAGUGGAGAUGGUACCGCGAGAGUGUGGGACUGUGAUACUGGAACGCCUCUGCACACUCUCAAGGGACACACCAGCUGGGUCCUGGCUGUAAGCUGGUCACCAGACAACAGCAUGAUCGCAACAGGUAGCAUGGACAACACAGUCAGACUGUGGGAUCCCAAAACCGGAAAACCGUUGGGAGGACCAAUGAAGGGCCACAGCAAAUGGGUAUCAAGCUUAGCAUGGGAACCUUAUCAUCGCCAAGCUCCCGGCCAACCACGACUGGCAUCGGCCUCGAAAGACGCCACGGUUCGGAUAUGGGAUGCUGUGUCGAAACGGAUAGAAAUAGUUCUCAGUGGCCACAAGGGGUCCAUAUCCUGUGUCAAGUGGGGUGGUCUAGGAUUCAUUUACACUUCUUCUCAUGACCGGACCAUCAAAGUCUGGAAUGACAAAGAUGGGACUUUGGCACACUCGCUCAAUGCUCACGCGCACUGGGUUAAUCACCUUGCUCUUUCGACCGAUUUUGUUCUUCGUACAGCCUACUACGAUCACACCGGCAAGGCUCCUGCCACCGAUGACGAGAAGGUUGCCAAGGCCAAAGAAAGAUUCACCAAGGCCGCCACCAUCAACGGGCAAUUAAUCGAACGCCUUGUGUCUGCCAGUGACGACUUUACGAUGUAUCUGUGGGAGCCUACCAACUCGACCAAGCCAGUGGCUCGUAUGCUUGGACACCAGAAGCAGGUCAACCAUGUCACGUUCUCCCCCGAUGGACUUUUCAUUGCCUCGACAGGAUUUGAUAAUCACGUUAAAUUAUGGAACUCUCGUGACGGAAAGUUCAUCACGACACUUCGUGGCCACGUAGCACCCGUAUAUCAGUGCUGCUUCUCGCCCGACUCGCGGUUACUAGUCAGCGCAUCAAAGGACACCACUCUCAAGGUCUGGGACAUUCGGACCGGCAAACUGUCAAUCGAUCUCCCUGGACAUCAAGACGAGGUUUAUGCUGUCGACUGGAGUCCUGACGGGCAAAGAGUCGGCAGCGGUGGAAAAGACAAGGCCGUCCGGGUGUGGAGAAACUAGGAUAGAAGGCAUCAAGUCAAGAUUAUAGAAAUAUAUACCCGUCGUGACUGUCACUAUAUGUUUGAUUAUAUAAUGGAAGUGUUUAUCAAUAGAGCUUCUCAGUCUGGUUAGCCUCAUGCAAAUGGCAUCAUGUUUUACACCCCG